UUUCCCAUGCAGUUGUCCUCUUCAACUUCCAACACCCACUGACACAUUCUCUCACUCAUAGUUCUCUCUCUUGAUACUUUUCAUCUCGCAAACUCAACUGAAACAACAGCUGUUUUCGCCCUUUUCUAUAUACCUACCUACCUAGCUUCCUUUUCUUACUCUGACAAAUUCGCUUCCUAUUCCUCCCAUUUCUGAGGCACCCCAAGAACUACUAGCUGCCUCCUCUACCCUAGCUAGCUUAGUAGUUAGUAGUUGAGCUUAGUUAGUACUACUUCUCACUUCUCAGGCACACACUCUCACGUUAUCUAUAUAUCUAUCUACCUCUUUCUUUAACUUAUCAUCACCAAAUCAACCACUAUUUCUGACACACCCAUCAUUCACACUACUCUUUAAUUAACAAUGUCUACCAGAAGAUCUCGUUCCAGACAAACGCCAGUUUCCACUCAGAUCACUGAUGCUCAGAUCACUGAUCUCGUUUCCAAGUUACAGCACCUUAUCCCUGAGCUUCGCGCAAGACGUUCCGACAAGGUUUCGGCUUCUAAGGUGUUGCAGGAGACUUGCAACUACAUAAAAAGCUUGCACAGAGAGGUUGAUGACCUAAGUGACCGGUUGUCACAACUUCUGGCCACCACAGACUCCAACAGUGCCCAAGCAGCCAUUAUUAGGAGCUUACUUAUGUAAUAAUUAAUAUUCUAAUACUUAUCAUAGAGCAUUAAUCUUAUGUGUCGUGUGCAUGUCCAUGUUAAUUUUGAUUAUAUUGUCUGCGUAGGGUUUGGUUUUUGAGACCAAACCAAAAAGGCUACCAUGGGCUCCAUGUUCGCCCUUACCUAGUUUCAUCAGACACUUUGUAUUGACUAUCAUCAAAUUGUAUUACUAAUAUAAAUAAAAUGAACUUGCAUCUUCACGAGA